AAAUAUCAACGAAUUCAAUCAAAACAACAACUAAAAGUCAGAAUGUGAUCUGAGCUGCUGCUGUUUAAGUCCAUUAAAGCCGAUCAAUUUACAACACGCAUGUCUGGUUAUUCUUUUUGGACUAACGAGGCCAGCCACUUGGCCGCUAGGGUCAAGUCAAUGGAAAAUCAAAUACUUUUUUAUAUAAAAUCAUAUGUGUAUAGCUCAGUAGCACAAUGUUGAUGCGCCGCGCCAGUCGCUUCGUACGUGUUGAUGAUGUAAUAUUUAAAACGAAAUUAUGUUACAGUUCUUAUUUAAAUUUCUAUAGCAUUAAAAUAUUGUCAGUUAAUUGUAGACAGCGGGCGUGUCGAGUUCGGAUUCGAAGUUUAAGCAUAAAUACCUAAGGGAAUACUUGGCGCUCUCCCAAAACCAGUUCAAAAAAUAAUACGAGACAAUAAGAGGCAGCAGGCAAGGUGCGUGUCGAGUUCGAUAUACAAGUUAAAUACUUGGCGUGUGAGAGAAGACAGUUGAGUAGUCAACAUUAGCUUAUCUAAACAAAUUUUCUACAAUGGGCCACAAAUUCUCUCGCCUGCGCAUAAGCAAAAAUUCCGUUGAGCACUCAAAAAGCGAAGUCGACUCAACGCUGCGUAUGCGCAAUAUAAAUGCAAAUCUUUUAACAGCUCCGGAUGCCGGCAGCUCUGCAGUGCUGGGCGUGCAGCGUGUGGAUCUCUGCCUGGCGGACAACCAUGACGAGCACCACACGAGUCACUUCUAUGCGGCAGCUGCCAAAGAGGCGCUAAUCGUGCGCCGAGGCGAACCAUUUCGUCUGCGCAUCUACUUCAACCGAGAUUACAGCCCCAGCAAAGAUGCAAUUAGCUUCAUAUUCAGCGUGACGGAUGAUAGCAAACCGAAUCCGGGGCAUGGCACUCUGACGGCCUUAGUGCCGCACGAUGGCAUCGACUAUCUGGGCGAUCCAUUGGAAUGGGGCGCUGGCAUCGAAUCGCAUGAGGGUCAAAUACUAACGGUACUGGUGAAGCCACCGGCCACUUGUUCCGUAACGGAGUGGCGCUUGGACAUCGAUACGAAGCUAUUGGGCGACGGAUCGCGCAGCUACCAAUUGCCACUACCCAUCUAUGUGCUCUUUAAUCCCUGGUGUCCGGAUGAUCAGGUUUACAUGGAGGAUCGAGACCAGCGCAAGGAAUAUGUGAUGCACGAUACCACCUUGAUUUGGCGUGGCUCCUACAAUCGACUACGACCCUCUGUCUGGAAGAUUGGCCAAUUCGAGCGUCAUGUGCUCGAGUGCAGCCUGAAAGUCCUUGGAACAGUGGGACGCAUUCCCCCCGCCUAUCGGGGCGAUCCGGUGCGGGUGGCACGUGCUCUAUCCGCUCUGGUGAACUCCGUGGAUGAUGAUGGCGUGCUGUUAGGCAACUGGACCGAGGAUUUCUCGGGCGGCAUAGCGCCCACCAAGUGGACGGGCUCCGUAGAGAUCUUACAGCAGUUCUACAAGACACAGAAAUCGGUGAAGUUCGCCCAGUGCUGGAAUUUCAGCGGUGUUCUAGCCACAAUUGCACGUGCUUUGGGCAUUCCAGCGCGCAUCAUCACUUGCUACUCCUCUGCCCAUGAUACGCAAGCGUCGCUGACCGUAGAUGUGUUCAUCGAUGCCAAUAAUAAGAAGCUGGAGGCGGAGACAACGGACUCUAUAUGGAAUUAUCAUGUGUGGAACGAAGUGUGGAUGCAGCGUCCUGACUUGGGCAUUGGACAGUUUGGAGCCUACGAUGGCUGGCAGGUGGUGGAUGCCACGCCACAGGAGGCUUCAGAUAAUAUGUAUAGAGUGGGUCCUGCCUCUGUGCUUGCUGUGAAGCAUGGCGAGAUAUUACGUCCCUUCGAUUGCGGCUUUGUCUACUCGGAGGUGAAUGCGGACAAGCUCUAUUGGCGUUACAAUGGACCCGCUCAGCCGCUAAAGCUGCUGCGCAAGGAUACCCUUGCCAUUGGCCAUUUGAUCAGCACCAAGGCGGUGCUGAAGUGGGAGCGGGAGGAUAUUACCGAUAGCUACAAAUAUGCCGAGCGUAGCGAGGAGGAGCGCAGCUAUAUGCUGAAGGCUUUGAAGCAAUCUCGCCAUGCUUUCAGUCGCUAUUAUCUCAAUGAUAACUUUAACGAGGUGGAGUUCAGCAUGGAGCUUAAGGAUGACAUCAAAGUGGGCGAGAACUUCUCGGUGGUGCUCAAGGUGAACAACAAGAGCAAUGAACGCAUUCAUCAAGCCAGCGGGCAACUCAAUUGUGACGCGGUGCUCUACACAGGCGUUGGAGCGCAGGAGGUGAAGAUCAUGGGCUUCGAACUGGAUCUAAAGCCAAAUAGCAGUGAAUUUGUGCGCAUGGAGGUCACAUUUUUCGAAUACUUUGAGAAGCUGUCGUCGCAGGCGGCCUUCCAAAUCUCCGCUGCCUGUCGCGUCAAGGACACUGACUACGAUUAUUAUGCCCAGGACGAUUUCCGUGUACGUAAGCCGGACAUUAAGCUUCAAAUUGGCGACGGCGACAAUGCCAGCAUCGUAUCAAUGCAGGAAAUCGAUGUUAUCCUGCGUCUGGCAAAUCCUCUGCCCAUCCCUCUGCACAAGGGAUUAUUCACCGUGGAAGGACCUGGCAUAGAUCAACCGCUCAAAUUUAAGAUUCCUGAAGUCCCAGUGGGUGGCACGGCCGCAGCGACAUUUAAAUAUGUCCCACCAUAUGCCGGCAGAGGCACAAUGAUAGCCAAGUUUUCUGCCAAGGAGCUGGACGAUGUGGAUGGUUACAAGCACUACGAGAUUGAGCCGCGACCCGGCGAUGUGCUGCAACCCAAUGGCAGUCAUCGAAGCAGCAAUAUCAUACGGCGGCGCACGGAUGUCAUUCCCUGAACCAAAUGAACCAGUUAAAUACUGCAAGUCGUUU